UCAAAGUCGGAAGUUGGUUUUUAGUUAGUGAGACACUUGACAAAAUGGCAGAAGAUAACGCUUAUGAGUCGAUGCUCUGCGUGAAGCCCGAGGUUCAUGUUUACCGGAUCCCACCGCGGGCCACAAACCGUGGAUAUCGUGCUGCCGACUGGAAGCUGGAUGAGCCUGCAUGGAGCGGCAGGAUGAAAAUCACAGCCAAAGGCAAGAUAGCCUACAUCAAGUUAGAGGACAAAAAUACAGGAGAGCUGUUUGCCCAGGCUCCAGUGGAUCAGUAUCCAGGAAGUAUCGUUGAAGCAGUUACAGACUCCAGCAGGUACUUUGUGAUCCGGAUAGAGGACGGCAAUGGGCGUCAUGCUUUUAUCGGUCUUGGCUUUGCUGAUCGUGGAGACUCAUUUGACUUCAACGUAGCUUUACAAGACCAUUUUAAGUGGGUGAAGCAGGAAGGUGAGCUUGCAAAAAUGGAAGCUACUCAGAGCGCUGCACCUAAGCUGGACCUGAGCUUCAAGGAAGGACAGACUAUCAAGAUCAGCAUUGGGAACAUCAAGAAGAAGGAGGCAGGUGGUGCCAAACCGCGGCCCAUGGGUGGAGGUCUGCUCCCACCUCCACCAGGAGUGAAGGCUGGAGGUAUCAUCCCACCUCCUGGAGGCCAGCAGACGGAUCCAGCUGCACCAACAAACACUGCCGCUCUUUUAGACUUCGGAUCACCCGUUCCUGCUGCUCAGCCCAGCUCUGACAUGUGGGGAGAUUUCACAUCAGCAGGCUCCAACUCCAGUAAAGAUGCUGUUGCGUCAGGAUGGGUGCAGUUUAGUUGAGUGUGGUGAGAAAACGUGCGUACACUCAAGUUCCAAACAUUCCACGGACAGGAUGAUUGUGGCAAAAAAAGAAAAAGAAACUAAAAUGUGGGGAACUGUUAGCAAACUUGAGCGGCUCGUUCGCUGCACUCGUUCUGUAAAGAAUCUGUACACACAGACCGUAGCUCGCCGACCAACAAACUCGGGAGGAACAAACAGCAAAAUGUACAUAUUUCUCACAGUCGUUUCCCUUUGUCCCCUUCAUUGCUAUGCAGUAGGAUCUGUCUUUGAUUUUUUUCAUAGUCAGGUCAUCACUACACCUGUCACUAUUGGAGUCUCUGCUCUCUGUGAGACAAAUGAGCAUGUUGAUGUUUGAAGGGAAAGGUUGUGUGAACACACUAAGCAGGUGAAAAUGUUUAUCCAUUGCCUUUAAAUGAAUGGUUCCCUUAUUUUCUUUCUUUGACUUCCUAAAUCAGAUUUAUGUCCCUUUUUCUUUACAUCAUGCCUACACUCUCCUGUUUUCCUGUCAUUUAUCUCAUUAUACCAGCAUCACUCAUCUCAAGGUUGUUGUUUUUUUGGGAAAAUUAAAUAGUUUACCUAGUGAAGUGUCCAUGAUUUGUUUUGUUCUAAACCAUGUAUGUGUGUUUUGUUUUCUGUUUGUAACUCUGCCAUCUUCCUUUUUUAAAAGAUUUGUUUUAAUUUUUAUUUUAGGCAAUCUUGCAAAGCUGAGAUGAUUCGUGGUGGUAUUAGUAUUUGAUGAUUAGUUUUACAUUAAAGCUCUUUAGCCCUCAUCAAAUAUACCAGCAUUUGUUUUAAAUCAGUGGUGUUGGAUAAAGGAUUGCCGUGUCAUGUUUUCUUGGUGUGUGUUCAUGUUCAUCUUGGUAUACACCCUUCAUCUGUCUUUGCCUCAUGUGUUUUUGCUUCUUUUUUUUUUUUUAAUUGCCUUUUACCAAAUUGAAAUCUCCUUAAUCUUAUUGAUAAUUUGCAUUAAGUAUUUGAUCAAGUGCCUUUCUGAUAAAAAAAAACCCCUAAAGUGUAAACCUAUGUCUUCUUGUAAAUAAACAAUGUAUUUCAUUUG